UGUUGGUACAAGGAUUGACUGUGAUAAUUGUUGUGCUGUUACGCCCAGUGGACAGUUAGUGUUGUCACUAACAAAAGACACAUAUCAAAGGUUUGGUCUGGAAGGAAAGCCAUCUCAUUUUACCUCUAAGAAUCGGGAUAGAUUCAGCAAUGCCCAAAUACAAAGAUGUUCUAACAUUAAGGACCUUAGCCUUAAAAGGCAUUGGGUCUCUGGUUGUCUCAAUGACGCCAGAAAUUAUGAGCAAGUUACAAUACAACAAGGAUCCUCAAAAAAUAGUCGCUUAUCUUCAAACAACCAUUGACAGAAUAAACUACACUUUGGUCUCUUAUGUUCCUUAUAAUUUGUAUGAAACUAUGGCUGUGGAAGUUUUAAGGGCUGUUAAAAUUUUGAUAGAAAAAACGAAAAAAAACUACUACCCGCAGAUUUCGAUGGCGCAUUUUUUAACCGAGAUGAACGUGGUGGUUAGUCUUACCGAGGUAGUGCUAAAUUCGAGGCUGAAAACUGUAGAUUUUUCUGAAUGGCCUAAGAUAAUGAGAUACGUGCUUUAUAAAAACUUGGAAAAAAUGAGCGGUCUCGAAGUUUUGAAUUUAGGCUCAUGUACAGGUGGGUGGAGGACAUCAGAACAUGACAAAAAUAUUUUAGAAGGCAUUACGAUAAUGAAAAAUUUACAGUCGGUUUGCCUUUGUUUUGAUUGUAGUGACUUGGUUAUCCAAACGAUUUCCGAAAACUGUCCCAAUAUUCAAAGCAUUGACGUAACCUCUUCCCGAUCAGUAACCGACAGAAGCAUACCAUACUUACUUAAUUGUAAAAAUUUGAAAGAAUUACAGUUGCACCGAACAUCGAUAACUGCACAGGGGCUGGCCAAACUUAUCAGUCGUUUGCCAAAAUUGCAAGAUAUUGGCAGAUGCGACGAGUUCGGAGAGGUUAUCAUUUAUAUUUAUAAGAAUGAGUUCAACUGCGGUACUUUCGAGCUAAAAAAAAUUCAAACUAGAGAUCUGUCUACUGAAAAUUUAAGGCUUCUCGUCAAUAUGUUUCCGAAAAUAGAGUAUAUUUGUCUGUUUCAUGACACGCAAGUAGCAAAUUUAUCAGUACUGGUAUCUUUGGUUCAAUUGCGUCAGUUGAAACUACUCUCCUGUGCAUUUUAUGAAGAUUCCAUUAAGCAUUUAUUGGAAAUAGGAGGAUAUAACUUUACGCAUCUCCACUUGGAACAUGUUGACGAGAUGGAUUUUAAUGUUCUAGUCGUAAUUGGAAAGUACUGUCCGAAAAUGAAGAGUCUGGUAUUUUAUAACUGUGAUUUUAGAUUUGGUAAUCAGCGUUCUGUAGAACAGUUACGUUCGCGUCCGUUUCUUAAUCUAGAACGCAUAUUUUGGGUCGUAGACAGUAGCAUUAACCAUUUAGAGUUUAUUUUAACUCACGCUGUGAAUAUCAAAUAUAUACAUUUAGGUUCUUCCACGGGUAUCACCCAUUUAAAUAUAGCGAAUAUAUUACGUACUAACCCGAUGAAAUAUUUAGAAGAGCUCAGGGUGCUUUACAGUAGCGACAUGAAUAUGAGAACAGUAGAAUUACUCCUGGCGAGUUGCACUAAUUUAAAAGUUCUGUCCGAACUGGAAAGCUGGCAAGGAAUAAGCAUGGAAGAGUUAAAAAUAUUUAAGGAUCAUAUCAGAAAAAGUAACUUUGAUUUGGACAUUAGGCCCACUCUUUCAUUUUCUAGUUGUUAAGCCUAGCGUUUGCCAAUGUGUUUAAAUAUAUGAAAAAGGUUUGCCGGGUUUUAGUAAAUGUUUAACUGCCCAACCAUAAGUUUACGUUGUUCAGCAGUCCUAGACCUUGAAAAGAUGUACUAUUUAUCAGUAAUACAUUGGUUAGUUCAAUUCAUAUAACAAAAAGCCACUAUGGUAUUAGGUGAUAGGGAAAGGUUAUUUUAAAAUGAAAGCAUUAGGCUAUUUAAAAACCUAUAUAGUUAAACCCAAAAACAUGAAUAAUUUUGCCAAGUGAAAAAACGUUAUUUUAUUUCUCAAAAAAAAAAACUGGAGUGUAAUCUCGGACACAUAAAUAAAUCCCUAUUUAACUGCAAAAAAAAAUUUAAAACCUAUUUUGAUACUCUGCAAAAAUCAGACAUGUAAUUUUUAGUAGAUACUGGUAUGUUUGCACAUUCCUUGAGAGCCCAGUUUUUGGAUUUAUGACAUUGUAUCCAGUCUUCGUCCAAAUGUCUCUUGGCAUAUAAGUCAAGCCACUGUCUCAUUUAAAUGCUGUUUUGCUUUCGGAGUAUUCUUUGGAGGAGAAUUUUCUUUUUGGAUUGUCUGGCUUUUCUUCUCUUCAAAUUUUUUUUUUUUUGCUGCUUUCUUUACCUCGAAACGAGCUGCUUUUUCUUUUUGUAAAACUUGUCUCAGCUGUUAGAAUUUCACUCUUUUCCGUUCUUCUAUUUCAACUCGCAAUUCUUUUUUGAGCGCAGCUGGAGAUUGGAGAAAUUUCCAAGGCUUUAAGAACUUUUCGGUGAUUUGGAGAAGUUUUUGAAUCUGACAUAACCUCACUGAUUUGUUGCUUAAAGCUAGGAAUUCGAGGUGGAGUCUUGGGAAUAACGAAUAUGUGGUUGUCCCUGUUUUCUGCUACCUCUUUAGUGUUUAGAUCUGUGCUGCAGGAAGGUAUGGAAUGAACUUCAGCCUCCACUAUGAUUUGAUUAAUCGUCGUGCCAUUUUCAUGAGAUGUUUUGCUUUCUCGAGCUGUAGUUAAAGAAUUAGAAGCCAUAACUUCUGUGUACACAAUUAAAUGUAAAACCUUGCCAAAGUUAUCGAAAAUACUGGCCAGUAACGGGAGUGACAGGCAGCUCAAGUAUAUAUGUAGAAGAAAGGAAUCAACAGCCUAUGUUAUGUUCAUUUUUAUUAUCCUUUUCUCUCAUAAAUUUAUUGCUCUCACCCCCACAGUUGGACUUGGGUUUUACAUGAAAAACAAUCAUUGUUUUUCAAACAUCACAGCUAUGUAGUGUUAGAGUCUGAUGAUGAUAAGUGAACUCAUCGAAAUGUAUAACUCUUGACAAAAGAUUGGCAUUUUCAUUCAAGUCUUCCCGCCCUUCUCAACCCGCUAUAAAUAAUAUAGUAUAAUAAAUAGUGGCUUUAAAGCCGGACAUUGCAUUUCCACCUGUCGCUGAUUUCCUCCAGCUUUUCGUUAAAAGUUCACCAAUUUGGACUCGCCCUGAUUUCUUUUCCUGGGUAACUGCAAGCUCGCUUUUGCGGCGUAAUAAGUGGUUUUUCAAUCUAAAAAAAUUGUUGCAGUGACAUAGGCUAAUUUUUGCGACAUCACAAUGUCAAUCAGGCGGCAUUGAAUCAGUCCACUCGGUCUUUAAAUUCUUGCCUAUAAUGCCUUCUUGACAUUACAGCAAGCUAUGCACGAGAUUAUGUCACCCUUGUCCCCUGAUGUCACUGUAACAACAUGUUUUGCUCCUUUUUUGGCUAUAACAUAGUCAGGUCGAUUAUUUAAUUGGAGGCCUGUUUUAACGACUUUAUAAAUGCUCCCAGUUUUGUCGAGAAGCUCAUUACUUUCCAGUACAUCUUGCAGAAGAGUAAAAUAAUUUCUAACAUCUACACGGUUUAUGCCUUCACUUCACUGCAAAUUUUGUAUGAAUGUAAGCAAACAUGUUCCUAUUUCUGAACUACCUCGUUGGCCAUUAAUUUCGGUCCAUGCAUAACAGUAGGCUUUUUUUGUUGCUGCCUCAUAUAUUGUGAAGUUAUAUGCACAUAGUUUCCUGCUGUAAUACAGAAGUGAAACAUCUGAAGACGGUAUUUGUAAAACGCUUUGUAAAUCAAAUGUAACGCUUACAAAAUUAUCGUCGUUCAGAGCGCGUUCUUUAUCUGAGUUUUUUGUUGCAUUAGCUUCAUCCCGUCUUUGAAUGUGAGACUCAUAAUUUUCCUCUAAAUCAGCUGAUUUUGUAGCCUGGUAGUUGGUACAAUAUCAGGCAUUGAUCUUUUUUUUAGGUUUGAAAAAGGAUAAAUUAAACUCUGUUCCAAAUAUCCGCCGGUAAGUUAUUUGGGAGGCAUACUCUUUUGGGCUUUUUUAGAUCCUUCAGCGUACAAAGCGUACAUUUUGGCUAUUGAUAAAUUAGAAUCUAAAUACUUUCGUUUAGUUGUUGCUCUACAAUAAUGAGAGGCCAUGGUUGGAAAACUUUGUAUGUGAGCUUUUAUUGCUUCAAUGAUUUCUGGUUUUGUCUUAUUAGCUGGUGUUCUUCGGCCACGUUUGUCAUCAGUAACAAGUAUGCCUGAUUCAUUUACCCCAGAAAAAGCUUUGUCUACUGGUCCAUGACUAAUACAUAAAGUACGUAAAAAGAAUGUUUUAUAGACCCGAACUUUUGUGCACUUUUACCAGGUAUUCGGCAACUGCUUAUGACUUAGUUGGACUUAUUACCUUAAAAUUGCUAAAAAUUCGACUUGGCCACUUUUCGCAGUAUACCCACGAUAUAUUUGAGUGACAACAAGCGUUAGGACAUAGGACUGUUGAACAAAAAUAAUAUUUUAAUAUAGGUUCAUAAAGCCGCUUUUUAUCAUUUACUAUUAUAACUUUUAUUUUUUAGAAAUAAAAUCAAUAUUUUUUUUUACAUUGGGUAAGGAAUGUUUUAUGAUAGUGUUUUGUUUAGAGGCAGUUAGAAAUAGAAGAUACUUAUAAAAUUCAAUAAUAUGAUUACGAUAUCUUUAUUAGAUAAAAAUAAACAUCUGUCACUUUUUGAAAAUAUGUAUUAUAUAUAUUUUUUUUGAAAAUAGUUUUCAAUUUCUAUUAUUAUUAAGAAUUUUACCCAGCAUACCUUUUAAAAGAUAAAUUUUGAUGAAUGCGUGAUCUUUGUAUCUUUACUAAAAUGCGAACCGGGGUACUUCGUAUCUAUAUAAUUUAUACCCCAUAUAUAUACUGAGCGAUGGUAAAAAUACUCAGCUUAAAUCCAUUUUUGUUAUUUUGAUGUGUUUUGUUAUUGACUAAUUUAUGUAAACUAUAAUAUAUUUUGAUAAACUUGA